CAGCAGUGCCACCCGCAAGUUCCGCCCACCUGUGCCCAGCAGCUCCGCCCACCUGUGCCCAGCAGAUCACCCACCUGUGCCCAGCAGUGCACCCACCUGUGCCACUCUGCAGUGCCACCUACACUGUGCCCAGAAGUGCCACCUACCUGUGCCCAAAAAAAUAAACCCACCUGUGCCCCACCCACCACCUGCCCACCCCCAGUGCAGCCCAGCAGUGCUGCCAGUCAGUGUCACCAGUCAGUGCCCAGGGGUUGUGCCAGUCAGUGCUGCCAGUCAGUGCCCAGCAGUGAUGCCAGUCAGUGCCGUCUAUCAGUACCCAUCAUCAGUGCCGCCUAUCAGCGCUGCAUAUUAAGUGCCGCC